AUGGGGAAACCAAGACUUAUUAUAGUAAUACGACACGCCCAGUCCGAGGGCAACAAGAAUCGCGACAUCCACCAGACUGUCCCCGACCACCGCGUCAAGCUGACGCCGGAAGGAUGGCAGCAGGCCUACGAGGCCGGCCGCCGGCUGCGGGCGCUGCUGCGCGCCGACGACACCCUGCAUUUCUUCACGAGUCCGUACCGGCGCGCGCGAGAGACCACCGAAGGCAUCCUGGCCACCCUGACCAGCGACGACCCCGAUCCGAGCCCGUUCAAGCGGAGCAACAUCAAGGUCUACGAGGAGCCGCGCCUGCGCGAGCAGGACUUUGGCAACUUCCAGCCGUGCAGCGCCGAGAUGGAGCGCAUGUGGCAGGAGCGCGCCGACUACGGCCACUUCUUCUACCGGAUUCCCAACGGCGAGAGCGCUGCCGAUGCCUAUGAUCGGAUCAGCGGCUUCAACGAGAGUCUGUGGCGCCAGUUUGGCGAGGAUGACUUUGCGAGCGUUUGCGUACUUGUCACCCACGGGCUCAUGUCCCGCGUCUUCCUCAUGAAGUGGUACCACUUCAGCGUCGAGUACUUUGAAGACCUGCGCAACAUCAACCACUGCGAGUUCCUCAUCAUGCGGCGCAACGACGAAAACGGCAAAUACAUACUCGAGAACAAGCUGCGGACAUGGUCGGAGCUCAAGCGCGAGAACGCCGAGAAGCUGGCCAAGGAGAAGCGCGAGGGCGGCAAGGAGAACGGAAACAGUAAGGACGUCUCCACGCUCGCGCGCGUCGGCACCGGCGAGGUCCGGCGUCGCUGGGGAGGCUGUCCCAACGGCUGCAACCACGACAAGAGCUUCAAGAUCCGCCAGACGCUGGCUGACCUCGUCAAGCGCGACAGCAUCAUCUCUAGCCACGCGCUCGGCCCGGGCGUGAGCGAGAACGGCAGCAGUAGUGUCUUGGGCGGUAGCACGAGUACCACCGAACAGAACAACGGCGCCAACGUCACCGCCGCCGACACCACAACUCACGGCGUUGUCAACCCGUCGUUCAACGGCACGGCCAACAGCCAAACCCUCGUCAGUCGCCGGCCGGCAGCCAAGCGGUUCCAGUCCCAAGCCAGCGACGACUUCCUCGCCUCGCCGGAGUUGGCAGACGCAGGCCCCCAGAUCGACGUGGCCAAGGCUCGCGACGAGAUCGUCUCCAGCCCUGACGGCACGCCCUCCUUCAUCUCCGUCGACGACCGGCUCCGAUCGCGCCUCAAGAGCCCCAACAUGCCGCCGCCGCGGCCGCUGGGAGCCGCCCACCUGCACGUCGGCCGCGACUUUGGCGGCAGCUACAGCGGACACAACAGCGCCGCUAGUGACGACGCUGAUUCGUACUCCUCCGAGGAAGACGAGCACCGCCACGGCGCCGCCGCCACCCCCUCCUCUUCCUCGAUCGCCAGCGGCAGCGUGAUCGGACAACAACACCAAGAAGAAGAACCGCAGAAACUCACCGGCCCGCCCGGCGUCCCGCAUCGCCACCUCGCGCAUCACCCGCCCCACCACCGCGAGCGGUCCCGCAUGCGCCGCGGCGCGCGCGCCCACCGGCUCGGCGACCAUCCCAGCAGCGACGGCGAGCACGAGGCCGACGGCGAGCACGAGUCGUUCGACGGCGACGACGGUGACGAGGACGAUGACGAUCAAGGGGAGGAGGAGGCGGCCGCCGCGAAUAGGCAGUGCGAAUGUGAGCAGGACGCGGACGGCGAGGCGCUGCGCCGGGCUGAGGAGGAGGAUAGGAGUAUCCGCGGCAGUGUCUACUAG